UCAACAGAAUCGUCUGGUAUCAUCACCGUCAUCAAAUACCCUCUCUCAAGAAAAAGAAAAAGAAAAGCAAAUAACCGACCUUGACCCCACACGCGCCGUAACAUCUUCACCAAGUACCCGCGUUGGUCGCGUCUCUGCCUCCUCCUUCGCCUUUCCUAACCCUUUCAAUUCCAAUUUGUGCAGUUUUUUUUAUUAUUUUCAAUCUUAAUCUCUUUCACCGGCCUUGUCGGUUUGACGGUGCUGGAUGGAGUAAUGCGCGGUUCGAGGAAGAGAAACCGGCAGCGUAAUUGAGGAAGAAGAUCCUUUGUGUAAUUGAAGAGGAAGAAAAUUAGGUUUUUAUAUAGAGAUAUGAUUGUGAAGGUUGUGACUGAAAUUGGGAUUGAGAUUGGUGACUUUCAUUGCAAGAUUGGGAGGUUGUAGUUUUUUGUGUUUUGUUUGAAUUCGGAAAUGUCUGAAUUGGUGGCUCGUACCGGUCGCCAUCAGCAGCGCUACAAAGACGGUUGUCGCCUCGUCGCUGGGUGUAUUCCUUUCAAGUAUAGAAGUUCAGAUGAUAAUGAUGAUGGCACGUCGGAGAAGGUUGUAGAGGUACUAAUGAUCAACUCCGCGAGUCGACCUGGUCUUCUCUUUCCAAAGGGUGGGUGGGAAAAUGAUGAAACUGUUGAGGAGGCAGCGCUGCGUGAAGCUGUAGAAGAAGCUGGGGUCAGAGGUGAUCUGAUGCAUUUCCUGGGGCAUUACUUGUUUAAGAGCAAAACUCUUCAGGAUGAGUUUAGUCCAGAAGGUUUGUGUAAAGCAGCCAUGUUUGCUUUGCUUGUGAAAGAGGAGCUUGAUUCUUGGCCCGAACAGAGCACUCGGCAGAGAACUUGGCUGACGAUUCCUGAAGCUUUAGAGUGCUGCCGUUAUCAAUGGAUGCGAGAGGCCCUUGAGGAAGGCUUCUUGAAGUGGCAUGCAGAGCAAAUGGUAAACCCCUCAAAGGACCAGAACCAUAUAAAUUCCUCUUGAUUCAUUGCAAAAGCAGCAAGAAUAUUUCAUGGAUAGUUGCAAGGUGCCAGUCUGAAGCUGAUUUUGGCACCUUAGGUUUUAUUCUUCUCUCUUUCCAGGGUUAGGCAUAGGCGGCACAUGGACAUGAAUCAUGAUGAAGGUUUGUGCCCAUUUUGGUGUUUACCUUCUUUUUUCUUUUGCAAAUUUUAUUUUCUGGUUGUUAAUUUCAUCUUUCAUUUCUCAUGUUACUGCAUAAAAUUGGUCAAGUUGACUGGGAAAAGGAAAAGAAAAUAUCAGUUUAGAGCAAUUUUGUCUCUGUUUCUUUUAAGGCUUAGCUUUAAUUCUUUGCCAAUAAAGUUUUAUGGGAGAUCUUGUACUCUUCUAGUGUGUUUCUUGCCUUCUUGGGGUUUUAGAGUUUAAUCAAUUUGCAAAUGAUUUACAGUUUUCAAAUGCUUAAUUGACGCCUUCUGGC